AUGACGGAGCGUCUUUACGUGACUGUCAUCCAAACGUGUGCGUCACUGGCUGCAUGCUCUCUAUUCGCGAGUCUCAUACCGGAUAUUCGUGUUGUGCACCAGCAGAAAAGCACAGACAGUAUGCCAAGUUCCCUCCCAGUGUUGUCGAUGAUGGCAAACUGUGUUGCGUGGGGACUCUAUGGGUUACUUAUUGAUGAUUACUUCCCUCUCGUAGCCACAAACUUGAUUGGUUUAGCCUUCUCACUCUGUUAUCUCAUCGUAUACUACCAAAAUGAAAAAUACAAAAAGAGGCUGCGAUUGGAAAUAUUUGUAACAAUAUUGGUGUUACUGGGGCUCAUCUCGUAUCCGUCCGUUGCAGGUUUUGAGGGUGUGAAUGAAAGGACAAUACAAGAUGUCAGAGUGAUUCAAGAACGUAGCACGGAGCUACUUCCUCUGACGAUGGUUAUCGCUGGCGCAGUUAAUUGUGUGCUGUGGCUUGCUUAUGGAUUAUUGCUUGACAAUUUAUUUGUUGUUGUCCCCAAUGCCGCAAAUCUGCUUUUAGGCAUCAUGCAAUUGAUGCUCUUCUGCAUAUACCCACGUAGCCGAACUUACGACUCAGUGGAACCCUCUUCUUCUAAAGCCGAUUUAAAAAAUACUUCAAAUCAUGGCGAAGGGACGAAAAAGGGUUUUGAGAAAACCUCUACAAUUGAUACCGAUGAAGAAAUGAGCAGCGUGGACGAAGAAUCACAGGCAAAAAUUAUGACUUCAGAGCAAUCUACUGAGGUGAACAUUUCGAUUGAAGUCCAUCAAAAAGGCUGA